AUGGAUCCAGAAGCUGGGACUAACAGCACAACGGUUGCUGAGUUCAUUUUAUUGGGCCUUGUGGAAUCAGAAACACUGCGAUCUAUGGUGUUUGUCCUCUUCCUCUUUGCCUACCUGCUCACAGUUGGGGGCAACUUCAGCAUCCUGGCCGCCAUCUUGCUGGAGCCCAAACUCCACACCCCCAUGUACUUCUUCCUGGGAAACCUAUCAGCACUGGACAUUGGGUGUAUCACUGUCACGGUCCCUCCAAUGUUGAGUCAUCUUGUGUCCCACAGGCGUACAAUUUCCUACGGUGCCUGCCUCACACAACUCUUCUUCUUCCACCUUUUGGCUGGGAUGGACUGCUUCUUGUUGACAGCUAUGGCCUAUGACCGAUUCCUGGCCAUCUGCCGGCCACUCACUUACAGCACCCGCAUGAGCCAGACAGUGCAGAGGAUCUUGGUGGCUGUGUCCUGGGCUUGUGCCUUCUCCAAUGCCUUGACCCAUACUAUUGCCUUAACUACUCUCAAGUUUUGUGGGCCAAAUAAGAUCAAUCACUUCUACUGCGACCUUCCCCAGCUGUUCCAGCUCUCCUGCUCCAGCACCCAGUUCAAUGAGCUGCUGCUCUUUGGUGUGGGUUUCAUCAUGGCGGGUACACCUGUGGUUCUCAUCAUUAGCUCCUACGUUCAUGUGGCAGCUGCCGUUCUCCGGAUCCGUUCGAUGGAGGGCAGGAAGAAGGCCUUCUCCACAUGUGGCUCCCACCUCACCGUGGUUUGUCUGUUCUAUGGCACGGGCAUCUUCAACUACAUGCGUCUGGGUUCAGAGGAGGCUUCAGACAAAGACAAGGGGGUUGGGAUUUUCAACACGGUUAUUAAUCCCAUGCUGAACCCACUUAUCUACAGCCUCAGGAACCCUGAUGUGCAGGGUGCUUUGUGGCAUGUGUUUGUGGGAAGGCGAUCACGGACCUGA